AUGUUCCCUAUGGUAACUGAACUCAGGAAUUAUGGUCAACAAACAAUACGAGUUGCCAGGUAUAUCGGCCAAGGUUUCAUGAUUACCCUGUCCCAUGCAAAUCGUUUACCCGUAACUAUUCAAUAUCCCUAUGAAAAAUUGAUCACACCAGAACGCUUUCGAGGCCGAAUCCAUUUUGAAUUUGAUAAAUGCAUUGCUUGUGAAGUUUGUGUUCGUGUAUGUCCUAUAGAUUUACCUGUUGUUGAUUGGCAAUUGGAAACAGAUAUUCGCAAGAAACGAUUGCUUAAUUACAGUAUUGAUUUUGGACUUUGUAUAUUUUGCGGUAAUUGUGUUGAAUAUUGUCCAACAAAUUGUUUAUCAAUGACUGAAGAAUAUGAACUUUCUACUUAUGAUCGGCAUGAAUUGAAUUUUAAUCAAAUUGCUUUGGGUCGGUUACCAAUGUCAGUAAUUGAGGAUUAUACAAUUCGAAAAAUUUCGAAUUUACCUCAAAUUAAAAAUGAAUAA